AUGACGCCCCGUUCCAGACCUACCUACAACAUCGCUAUGGUUAGCGAUUUCUUUUUUCCCCAGCCCGGCGGUGUCGAGAGUCACAUCUAUCAAUUAUCGACGAAGCUGCGCGAUCGUGGUCACAAGGUCAUCAUCAUCACGCAUGCCUACGAGGGUCGUACUGGUGUGCGCUAUCUGACCAACGGCAUCAAGGUCUACCACGUUCCGUUCCUUGUUGUCUAUCGUUCUGCCAGUUUUCCUACAGUCUUCUCCUUCUUCCCGAUCUUUCGAAAUAUUGUCCUACGUGAGAAGAUCGACAUCGUUCAUGGGCACGCCAGCUUGAGCAGUCUGUGCCAUGAGGCCAUCCUUCACGCGAGGACCAUGGGUCUGCGCACUGUUUAUACCGACCAUUCGCUCUUUGGCUUUGCUGAUGCUGCCAGCAUCUUUGCCAACAAGCUGCUCAAGUUCAGCUUGAGCGACGUAGACCAUGUCAUCUGCGUGAGUCAUACCUGCAAGGAAAACACUGUCCUCAGAGCAUCCUUAGACCCUCUCAUGGUUUCGGUCAUCCCCAAUGCUGUGGUGGCCGAGAACUUCAGGCCUCUGGAGGAUUCUGAAGUGCAGAACGGAAUGUUCAAAGGGCAUCCGGCUCCAGUUCGGCCACCUGGGCCAGACGACAUGAUCACUAUUGUUGUUAUUUCACGUCUAUUCUACAACAAGGGCACCGACCUGCUCACGGCUGCUAUUCCUCGAAUCCUGGAGAAUCACCCCAACACUCGCUUUAUCAUUGCCGGUGAUGGGCCCAAGGCCAUUGAUCUAGAACAGAUGAUCGAGCAGAACGUUCUUCAGGAUCGUGUCGAGAUGUUGGGUCCUAUCCGCCACGAAGAGGUUCGCGACGUCAUGGUGCGCGGCCAUAUCUAUCUUCACCCUUCACUCACGGAAGCCUUUGGUACGGUCAUUGUGGAGGCCGCCUCCUGCGGUCUGUAUGUCGUUUGCACCCAAGUUGGAGGCAUCCCCGAGGUAUUGCCCUCGCACAUGACCGUGUUCGCGAAGCCGGAAGAGGACGACCUGGUGGAGGCGACCGGUCGCGCCAUCGCUGCCAUCCGUGCCAACAAAGUUCGUACUGAACUCUUCCACGAGCAGGUGAAGAGCAUGUACUCGUGGACCAACGUUGCCACGCGCACGGAACGGGUCUACGACGGGAUUUCUGGUGCGAUCAGUGAAGAGGAGUUCUAUGGCUACGAGGCUGUUGACGGCUGGAGUGCCACAAGGGGUCGGUCUGGAGUACAGAGCUUCGCGCUGAUUGACCGGCUGAAGCGCUACUACGGCUGUGGUAUAUGGGCCGGAAAGCUGUUUUGUCUGUGCGUCAUUGUCGACUACUUAAUCUUUCUGUUCCUCGAGUUGUGGUUCCCAAGGGACCAGAUCGAUAUCUGCCCCGAUUGGCCGAGGAAAGAGCCAAAAGAGAGAGGAAAGGAUGCCGAUUGA